ACCGAACUGUAAUUCGUGAAUCCGCAGUCUACCUUCAAUAUGGAUAUGGCCAUAUGGGAGAGCGGAUGAAAAAAGCAAAAAACAAAAAAAACUAACAAUACAACAGAAUAGUUAACAGACGUCCAUCUCACUCAGUAGAGUUCGCAAGGAGGAGAAGAAAAAAAUGGCGGAAUCCUCAGCGACGAAAGAUGCAGAAGCUCUUCUUCAUUCUCUCUGUUCUGCUUACAAUGCAACUCCCACCAACCUCAAGAUUAUUGAUGUAUAUGUACUGUUUGCCCUCUUCACUGCCGUAAUUCAGGUGGUUUACAUGGCAAUUGUUGGGUCCUUCCCAUUCAACUCUUUUCUCUCUGGGAUACUCUCUUGUAUAGGCACUGCAGUCCUUGCUGUUUGUCUCCGAAUUCAAGUAAACAAAGAAAACAAGGAAUUCAAGGAUUUACCACCAGAACGUGCUUAUGCAGACUUUGUUCUCUGCAAUUUAGUGCUCCAUUUGGUGAUCAUGAAUUUCCUUGGAUAGAUUGACGUUCCUAAUCUCGAGAGUAUGUUGCUUUUUCCAAAUUUUUCUUGUCUUGUAAGGAUACUGAGGCAAUGAAUGAGGAUUUAGUAGCACUUUAGCAAUUUGAAAGUUUUUUGUCUGACCUUUUUCGAUCUUUCAUUCAUGAAUCUGAUAAUUUGUUAGUCAGAACUCAGAAAUACGUACUUUGGGUAGCUGGUCUUUGCUACGAACUUUCCUUCUUGACAUAUACGAACCCUUCUCAAAUAUAAUUUCUUUUUUUUUUGCAGCUCAUUUUUAAUGAUUUCUCCUUUUGAGUAUAGUAUUCGUUAACAGACGGACAUUCUUUUACCACUGUCCUCCUCUAGCUUAGUUAUUCGUGAAUGAAAAGUCGUUUUUAUUUCAAACUUAGAAGAAGAUAUUCAUACUACUGAAGUCUGAAGUCGGUUCGUAUAUAGAAAUUUUUGUUUAUAUUCAGUUGCAAAACAUUCGUCCAUGUAUUGCAAAGCAAGGCAUCACCCAGAUUAUACCAUGUCACUAAGGACCAAACUUUAAGAUUUACAUAAAAUAUCUAUAUUGAAAAUUUCAUGAAAAAAUAGAGUUUAAAUUUCUAUAGAGAAAAUUUCAUCCUAUUUAUCUGAGCCUUGGUGGAUAGAAUUACUUGGUACUCGUAUUGAUGCAGAUCCAAACACGACCCUUGCCCUGGAGUUCAAAGCUUUGAUAGGUGGAUCUAUUUGUUGGAGUUUCAAGAUUCAUGAACGUUUCAUGGAGUUCAAACUCUAGGAAUGAUUCAUGUAGUCAGUUAUUGCGAGAGUGCUCAUUCCUUAAGAUAUAUCUAUAUAAUAUAAUUUUUCGACAGUGAAUAUUCAUCU